AUGCCCCACUCUACCCAAGCAGCAUACGACCAAUGGCUCCACCCUAAUCGGGGGGUAUUUUUCAAAAAGGUUUGGAAAGCAAGCUUUUUCAUUAUACUAUGGACUCUUUGGAGGGAGAGAAACAAUCGUUGCUUUAAAAACAUCUCCUGCCCUACCUCUCACCUCCAAGACCUUGUCCUGUUGCGAAUCACUGGGUGGAUUAAAGGGUGGGGAGACGAAUUCCCCUACAGCUCAAAUGACAUCAUCAGACAUCCAUUAUGCCUCAAAUGGGAAUCUGGUAGCUCAAAGUCUCAACAGGCUUCACGCAUAAUCCAAAAACAACUAUGGGCUCCUCCUCCCUCAUCCCUUUACAAAUGGAACGUUGAUGCUUCCUUGAAAUUCAGUGAAGACAAAUCAGCUAUAGGUGGUGUCCUGAGGAAUCACCAUGGGGAAUUUGUGUGCCUCUUCUCCCGUCCAAUUCCUUUCAUGGAGAUUAACCAUGCUGAGAUCUUUGCGAUCUACAUAGCACUAAAAAUAUCACAGGGAAUCAAAAGAAUUUAUCAUGGAAAGUUCAUAGAAGAAUCAGAUUCGGCAAAUGAUGUAAGCUGGUGCAAUGGGGGUAACAACGACCCAUGGAACCUGAACUUUAUCAUCAACUUCAUCAGACAUGCCAUGAAGAACGGACAAGGGGUUGACAUUUUUUACAGGAGCCGAGAGACAAUUGUGGUAGCCGACUCAUUGGCAAAACGAGGGCUCACUAGACAGGACGAGUUCAUAGCAUGGUGUUAA